AAUAUUUGAUUUAUAUCAUAGACUAUUUAUAUAGGCCCACAGCCUAUAUUAUUUUUAAAUCUAAUCUGCUAAUCCUUUCAACUAUUUUCUUCAUACCGGCGUUUAUUUAUGAUCGUAAAUUAGACCAUUUAGAUCCAAUUUAAGUAAUUUCAACAAAGUUUUUUUCUCGUAUCUACCUGUUCUAAGUAUUGCUCGAAUUGCCAACUUAGACUCCAUUGGUCAUGCAGAGAAAUACAAGCAGGGACUGUCCAGGGAUUGCCUACUCGGAGCCAACUCCGUGCUGGUUUCACAGCUGGGGACUGGACUAUGAGGGUGUCCUGAGACGAGGGAAUGACUUGCAGCAAAGGAGUCAACAAAUUCUCAGAUGUCGACUGCCAUCCACCUCGACAUUAUUCGAAGUUCAUAAUGAGGAGUUAAAGAACAUUCCUAUACCAAACAUUGCUCGAGUCACUCUCGACGUCCAAGAUGCUACACAUCAUUCUGGAGUUUGGCCAACUCAAAAAGAAAGUCAAACGAUUGGCUGGUUCGCAGACCCGCUUCGGUUACCUCCCUGCUGUAAGAGGACCUGGCCUAAGAGUUAUAGUUUUGUUUGAAUUGGAGAAAUAUAUUGAGAUUUGGAUCAGGAGAAAAAACAGACAUUCUUUUAAUUGUCAUUUCAUAAUUAAAGAAACACAAGUUUAAAUGAUGUCACUUAACAAAUUAACAGUAAUAUAUUUUAUUGGCAAAUGCUGUAGUAAUUUACUGACCGUUAUGAUUUUUAACAAUAUGAAAAGGGGGACGUAGCAGGGUACCCGGGUUCAAGAAUAUGAGGAUCCGUUUUCACCGUUGCUAAAAAAAAAUGCAAUAAGGUUAAUUUCGACCAACAAAAUAAUAGGGUAAUAUUAUACACACCGAUACGUUAUCAGAAAGGCAAUUCAAGGUACCUAUGUACCACCUUUUAAAAGUAAUAGUGUAGUUACACUUUUUUUUUCAGUGAAACAUCUUACGAGCAGUGUUAUGAACCUAAUUCCCAGUGCUUGUCUUUAAAGUAAUGAACGACUGACUUUCAAUAGCCCCUCUUGGACAGUAUGCCAUGAGUCUCUUCGUACCGUGGUUGCUAGGCCAUUGUAUGAAGAGAGUUCAUAGUUUGAAGUGUCUUUGAAUAUAUGCAAUCUAAUAGAUAAACAAACCUGGCAUUUUACCAACAAAACAAAAACUUAUUGCUACACUUUUCGGAUACAUGCAACUUGCAAUAGUAAACAUAUGUAAAAAAAAAAUGAAAUUAAAU